AUGGGUGGCAGAGGUGCUGGAGGCAAUGGAGAAGCCCAAGCACAAGGCCAAGCCCGUGAGUCAGCCAUGGCGUCCGUGCAACCGACUCUUGGACCCUCCAAGGACGAACCAAGAGUGUUCGGCCUCGACAAGUUCAACGGUGACAACUUUGCUGAGUGGUCCUUCAGGAUGGAGAAUGUGUUCGACCAUUAUGACCUGCUGGAGGUGAUGGAAGGAACGGAGAAGCGUCCCGAGAACGACCCGGAGAAGAGCCCGUGGGUGCGGAAGAGCGCACAAGGCUAUCUCCUACUUGGGCAAGCGUUGGGGAGCAACCAGAUCCGUCACAUCAAGCCUUUUCAGCGUGAACCAGAGAAGGGACCUAAAGCAUGGGCUGCUCUCAAGGGUGUACACGCUCCUGCAACAGCGGCGGUAGCUGUGGUGUUGGAACGGCAAAUGGCGACACUACGGAUUGAAGAAGAUGAACCCGUGGAAGAAGGGGUGCAGAAAUUCUUCGACUUGUUGACGCGGCUUGAGGGAGCUGAUUUGAACUACAGUGAACUCCAGAAGAAGACCAAGUUGCUGGCCCUACUCCCCGAGUCAUGGUCCUCGCUCAUCAUCAAUUUAAAUCGUGAUCUGCCCCGCCUCUCGCUUGAAGACGUGAAGCGAGCGAUCCUACAAGAGGACUUCCGCCGCCGUGAGUUGGCGAGUGCGGAUGGCGCUGGUGCAGCGAGCGUCGGCCGUGGAUAUGGCCGAGGAAGAGGCAGAGGACGAGGGGGAGGAAGAUUUGGUGGCAGCAACUUCGGCGGAGGCCGCGGGAGUGGCGGAUACGGCAGCGACGACAAGAGCUACGGGCGCGGUCGCGGCCGAUUCGAUGGCGAGUGUCACUAUUGCGGCAAGAGCGGACAUAUGUGGCGCGAUUGCUUCAAACUCCCUGAAGGAUGGACCCCUGCUCAAGGCCAAGAGGGUGGAGGAGCAGGAGGAGGGAGAGGCAGAGGCCGUGGAGGCCGCGGCGGUCGCGGAGGUGGAGCCGCGAACAUGAAGAACGAAGAUAACGACAAGGACCCGAGCGGCGAUCGAUACCCGGGUCUUUUCUACUUUGUGUCGACGCAAGUACCGGCUGGUCCAGAGAAGGAUGAAGACCUUGAGGAGCCAGCAGCUGUGGGGAAGGUGACCCUACACCCCCUGGACUUUUGGGUGAUCGACAGCGGAGCUACCUAUAGCAUGACACCUCGCCCCGACUUGCUCACCGAACUUGAGCCGUCACCGGUGAAGCAUGUGACAUCGGCUUUGGGGCAGCGAGCAGAGGUGAAAGGCAUGGGCAAGGCCAUGUUCAAGGGUGCUGAUGGGAAGAUGGUGGGCCUCAAGAACGUGCUUUGGGUGCCCAGCCUUGCUGCAAACCUGAUUUCCGUGCGGCGGUUGGCGAAGGCCGGCAUGGACACGAACUCGAAGGGAGCCAAGACUUACACCGCGAGGAUUGGCGACCGGAUUCUAUGGGACCUUCAUGAAGACAGGGACGUCUACAAUGAGAUGUGGCAGAUCCCUGUGGUCCCUAUGCCUAAGGAGAGGCAAGUGGCAGCAAGCAUCAGUGCUAAAGGUGAAGCGGUUGGUAGCGGCGAUGGCGCGAACGGUCGCGCAAAGGAGAACGAGCUCAUGAAGAGCAAACCUGGAGAAACCAGCAAGCUCGGUGACCACAAGGAGAGUGGUGCAGCAGCUAAGGAGCAACACAAGGGUGAGGAGAACCCCAAGGCAGCAGCGAAGGAGGAGUACGGAGAGAGUAUGUGGGGCGCUAUUGCGAGCGCGGCAUUCUCCAACCCGACUUCGGCUACGGGGGAGUGUGAUUGGCUCACCUUGCAUCGGCGAAUGGGGCAUGUGGCCCUACCCAUCUUGCAGCAGCUAGUGAAGAAUGAGAUGGUUGCUGGCAUACGUGUGAAGGGGGAGCCCGAUGAGGUGCUUGGCUGCCCAACGUGCUUGCAAGCCAAGUUCACCCGUUUUCCGUUCCCUAGUUCGGAGGCAACGGCUAAGGCACCACUUGAUGAGGUGGUGAUGGACGUGGUGGGCCCCCUUAAACUUGGAGCUGCUGGAGCAGAGUACUUCCUCACCAUUGUGGAUGUCUACACUCGCAUGACGUGGGUGUACGUGCUGGCCAAGAAGAGUGACGUGGCUGAAACUUUGAAGACCGAUUGGUUCCCGAUGGUGGAGCGGCAACAAGACCGACUUGUGAAGUCGAUCCGCACCGAUCGUGGGGGAGAGUUCCUGAGCAAGGAGUUUGGGUUGUGGCUGAAGAAGAAUGGCAUUCGGCACUCCCUCACCAUGCCAUACUCCCCUGCAAUGAACGGCAUCGCCGAGAGGGCGAACCGCACGAUAACGGAGGCGGCACGCGGGUUGCUAAUUGAAGCCGGGCUACCCGACUACUUCUGGCCUGAUGCGGUGCGGAGCACGUGCGUGGCCAAGAACAGAGUUUUGACUCAUGUGGGAGCAGAUAAAUGGGUGCCCUAUGUGGAGUGGCUUGGCAGGAAGCCAAAGGUGGAUAUGCUUCGGGUGUUCGGGUGCAUGUGCAUGGCGCUCGUACCCAAGCAUCUUCGGCACAACAAGCUUGGUGCUAAGGCGGUGUGGGCCGUGCACUUGGGCAUGGCUCAAAACAGCAAGGGGUGGCUUCUUUGGGAUCCGUUCACCAAGAAGUUCAUGGUGAGCAGGGACUGCAAGUUCAUGGAGAACUUCAUGUACAAGGAUUGGAAGGCGGAGAAUGAGGCGAAGAUAGGCGUGCGGUUUGGGGAGGUGAAGAGUUCCGGCUUGGAGUACGUGGAGCUGCCAUUGGAACUGAGCAGCGGCAGCACCACCACAAGGCAAUCUUCCCUUGUGAAUGGGGGAGAGGAGGCCAAGGAUGCAGAGGAAGAGGAGGAGGAGGAGGUGCAGCAAGUGAGCGAGCGUGCACCGACACUCCCUUCCCGCACUACGAGUGCUCCACGGAACCGAGCUACACCGCAGCAACGCCAAGGCCUUCAAGUCCCUGCAGCUGAGGAGGAAGGAAGGGUCAAGAGGAAGAUUCAAGCCCCUAAUAGGCUGACCUAUGAUGCGCCGGGGAAGCAGGGCAAGACGGCCCUAGCUGGAGCGGCAAUGAUGGUUGGAGACGACGAGGAGAGUGAUUACGAGGAGUGUGCCUUCGCGUUCUUCUCUCCGGUGGAGAUGCCGGGAGAACCAGCAACUCUCAUGUUGCCCCUUGGAGCAGCUACGACGAUGGCUGGACCUGAAGAGAGGGGUGGCAGAGGUGCUGGAGGCAAUGGAGAAGCCCAAGCACAAGGCCAAGCCCGUGAGUCAGCCAUGGCGUCCGUGCAACCGACUCUUGGACCCUCCAAGGACGAAGCAAGAGUGUUCGGCCUCGACAAGUUCAACGGUGACAACUUUGCUGAGUGGUCCUUCAGGAUGGAGAAUGUGUUCGACCAUUAUGACCUGCUGGAGGUGAUGGAAGGAACGGAGAAGCGUCCCGAGAACGACCCGGAGAAGAGCCCGUGGGUGCGGAAGAGCGCACAAGGCUAUCUCCUACUUGGGCAAGCGUUGGGGAGCAACCAGAUCCGUCACAUCAAGCCUUUUCAGCGUGAACCAGAGAAGGGACCUAAAGCAUGGGCUGCUCUCAAGGGUGUACACGCUCCUGCAACAGCGGCGGUAGCUGUGGUGUUGGAACGGCAAAUGGCGACACUACGGAUUGAAGAAGAUGAACCCGUGGAAGAAGGGGUGCAGAAAUUCUUCGACUUGUUGACGCGGCUUGAGGGAGCUGAUUUGAACUACAGUGAACUCCAGAAGAAGACCAAGUUGCUGGCCCUACUCCCCGAGUCAUGGUCCUCGCUCAUCAUCAAUUUAAAUCGUGAUCUGCCCCGCCUCUCGCUUGAAGACGUGAAGCGAGCGAUCCUACAAGAGGACUUCCGCCGCCGUGAGUUGGCGAGUGCGGAUGGCGCUGGUGCAGCGAGCGUCGGCCGUGGAUAUGGCCGAGGAAGAGGCAGAGGACGAGGGGGAGGAAGAUUUGGUGGCAGCAACUUCGGCGGAGGCCGCGGGAGUGGCGGAUACGGCAGCGACGACAAGAGCUACGGGCGCGGUCGCGGCCGAUUCGAUGGCGAGUGUCACUAUUGCGGCAAGAGCGGACAUAUGUGGCGCGAUUGCUUCAAACUCCCUGAAGGAUGGACCCCUGCUCAAGGCCAAGAGGGUGGAGGAGCAGGAGGAGGGAGAGGCAGAGGCCGUGGAGGCCGCGGCGGUCGCGGAGGUGGAGCCGCGAACAUGAAGAACGAAGAUAACGACAAGGACCCGAGCGGCGAUCGAUACCCGGGUCUUUUCUACUUUGUGUCGACGCAAGUACCGGCUGGUCCAGAGAAGGAUGAAGACCUUGAGGAGCCAGCAGCUGUGGGGAAGGUGACCCUACACCCCCUGGACUUUUGGGUGAUCGACAGCGGAGCUACCUAUAGCAUGACACCUCGCCCCGACUUGCUCACCGAACUUGAGCCGUCACCGGUGAAGCAUGUGACAUCGGCUUUGGGGCAGCGAGCAGAGGUGAAAGGCAUGGGCAAGGCCAUGUUCAAGGGUGCUGAUGGGAAGAUGGUGGGCCUCAAGAACGUGCUUUGGGUGCCCAGCCUUGCUGCAAACCUGAUUUCCGUGCGGCGGUUGGCGAAGGCCGGCAUGGACACGAACUCGAAGGGAGCCAAGACUUACACCGCGAGGAUUGGCGACCGGAUUCUAUGGGACCUUCAUGAAGACAGGGACGUCUACAAUGAGAUGUGGCAGAUCCCUGUGGUCCCUAUGCCUAAGGAGAGGCAAGUGGCAGCAAGCAUCAGUGCUAAAGGUGAAGCGGUUGGUAGCGGCGAUGGCGCGAACGGUCGCGCAAAGGAGAACGAGCUCAUGAAGAGCAAACCUGGAGAAACCAGCAAGCUCGGUGACCACAAGGAGAGUGGUGCAGCAGCUAAGGAGCAACACAAGGGUGAGGAGAACCCCAAGGCAGCAGCGAAGGAGGAGUACGGAGAGAGUAUGUGGGGCGCUAUUGCGAGCGCGGCAUUCUCCAACCCGACUUCGGCUACGGGGGAGUGUGAUUGGCUCACCUUGCAUCGGCGAAUGGGGCAUGUGGCCCUACCCAUCUUGCAGCAGCUAGUGAAGAAUGAGAUGGUUGCUGGCAUACGUGUGAAGGGGGAGCCCGAUGAGGUGCUUGGCUGCCCAACGUGCUUGCAAGCCAAGUUCACCCGUUUUCCGUUCCCUAGUUCGGAGGCAACGGCUAAGGCACCACUUGAUGAGGUGGUGAUGGACGUGGUGGGCCCCCUUAAACUUGGAGCUGCUGGAGCAGAGUACUUCCUCACCAUUGUGGAUGUCUACACUCGCAUGACGUGGGUGUACGUGCUGGCCAAGAAGAGUGACGUGGCUGAAACUUUGAAGACCGAUUGGUUCCCGAUGGUGGAGCGGCAACAAGACCGACUUGUGAAGUCGAUCCGCACCGAUCGUGGGGGAGAGUUCCUGAGCAAGGAGUUUGGGUUGUGGCUGAAGAAGAAUGGCAUUCGGCACUCCCUCACCAUGCCAUACUCCCCUGCAAUGAACGGCAUCGCCGAGAGGGCGAACCGCACGAUAACGGAGGCGGCACGCGGGUUGCUAAUUGAAGCCGGGCUACCCGACUACUUCUGGCCUGAUGCGGUGCGGAGCACGUGCGUGGCCAAGAACAGAGUUUUGACUCAUGUGGGAGCAGAUAAAUGGGUGCCCUAUGUGGAGUGGCUUGGCAGGAAGCCAAAGGUGGAUAUGCUUCGGGUGUUCGGGUGCAUGUGCAUGGCGCUUGUACCCAAGCAUCUUCGGCACAACAAGCUUGGUGCUAAGGCGGUGUGGGCCGUGCACUUGGGCAUGGCUCAAAACAGCAAGGGUGGCUUCUUUGAGAUCCGUUCACCAAGAAGUUCAUGUUCCGGCUUGGAGCACGUGGAGCUGCCAUUGGAACUGAGCAGCGGCAGCACCACCACAAGGCAAUCUUCCCUUGUGAAUGGGGGAGAGGAGGCCAAGGAUGCAGAGGAAGAGGAGGAGGAGGAGGUGCAGCAAGUGAGCGAGCGUGCACCGACACUCCCUUCCCGCACUACGAGUGCUCCACGGAACCGAGCUACACCGCAGCAACGCCAAGGCCUUCAAGUCCCUGCAGCUGAGGAGGAAGGAAGGGUCAAGAGGAAGAUUCAAGCCCCUAAUAGGCUGACCUAUGAUGCGCCGGGGAAGCAGGGCAAGACGGCCCUAGCUGGAGCGGCAAUGAUGGUUGGAGACGACGAGGAGAGUGAUUACGAGGAGUGUGCCUUCGCGUUCUUCUCUCUGGUGGAGAUGCCGGGAGAACCAGCAACUCUCAUGUUGCCCCUUGGAGCAGCUACGACGAUGGCUGGACCUGAAGAGAGGGGUGGCAGAGGUGCUGGAGGCAAUGGAGAAGCCCAAGCACAAGGCCAAGCCCGUGAGUCAGCCAUGGCGUCCGUGCAACCGACUCUUGGACCCUCCAAGGACGAACCAAGAGUGUUCGGCCUCGACAAGUUCAACGGUGACAACUUUGCUGAAUGGUCCUUCAGGAUGGAGAAUGUGUUCGACCAUUAUGACCUGCUGGAGGUGAUGGAAGACCGAGAAGCGUCCCGAGAACGACCCGGAGAAGAGCCCGUGGAGAAGGGACCUAAAGCAUGGGCUGCUCUCAAGGGUGUACACGCUCCUGCAACAGCGGCGGUAGCUGUGGUGUUGGAACGGCAAAUGGCGACACUACGGAUUGAAGAAGAUGAACCCGUGGAAGAAGGGGUGCAGAAAUUCUUCGACUUGUUGACGCGGCUUGAGGGAGCUGAUUUGAACUACAGUGAACUCCAGAAGAAGACCAAGUUGCUGGCCCUACUCCCCGAGUCAUGGUCCUCGCUCAUCAUCAAUUUAAAUCGUGAUCUGCCCCGCCUCUCGCUUGAAGACGUGAAGCGAGCGAUCCUACAAGAGGACUUCCGCCGCCGUGAGUUGGGAAGUGCGGAUGGCGCUGGUGCAGCGAGCGUCGGCCGUGGAUAUGGCCGAGGAAGAGGCAGAGGACGAGGGGGAGGAAGAUUUGGUGGCAGCAACUUCGGCGGAGGCCGCGGGAGUGGCGGAUACGGCAGCGACGACAAGAGCUACGGGCGCGGUCGCGGCCGAUUCGAUGGCGAGUGUCACUAUUGCGGCAAGAGCGGACAUAUGUGGCGCGAUUGCUUCAAACUCCCUGAAGGAUGGACCCCUGCUCAAGGCCAAGAGGGUGGAGGAGCAGGAGGAGGGAGAGGCAGAGGCCGUGGAGGCCGCGGCGGUCGCGGAGGUGGAGCCGCGAACAUGAAGAACGAAGAUAACGACAAGGACCCGAGCGGCGAUCGAUACCCGGGUCUUUUCUACUUUGUGUCGACGCAAGUACCGGCUGGUCCAGAGAAGGAUGAAGACCUUGAGGAGCCAGCAGCUGUGGGGAAGGUGACCCUACACCCCCUGGACUUUUGGGUGAUCGACAGCGGAGCUACCUAUAGCAUGACACCUCGCCCCGACUUGCUCACCGAACUUGAGCCGUCACCGGUGAAGCAUGUGACAUCGGCUUUGGGGCAGCGAGCAGAGGUGAAAGGCAUGGGCAAGGCCAUGUUCAAGGGUGCUGAUGGGAAGAUGGUGGGCCUCAAGAACGUGCUUUGGGUGCCCAGCCUUGCUGCAAACCUGAUUUCCGUGCGGCGGUUGGCGAAGGCCGGCAUGGACACGAACUCGAAGGGAGCCAAGACUUACACCGCGAGGAUUGGCGACCGGAUUCUAUGGGACCUUCAUGAAGACAGGGACGUCUACAAUGAGAUCGGCGAUGGCGCGAACGGUCGCGCAAAGGAGAACGAGCUCAUGAAGAGCAAACCUGGAGAAACCAGCAAGCUCGGUGACCACAAGGAGAGUGGCUGCAGGCCUAAGGAGCAACACAAGGGUGAGGAGAACCCCAAGGCAGCAGCGAAGGAGGAGUACGGAGAGAGUAUGUGGGGCGCUAUUGCGAGCGCGGCAUUCUCCAACCCGACUUCGGCUACGGGGGAGUGUGAUUGGCUCACCUUGCAUCGGCGAAUGGGGCAUGUGGCCCUACCCAUCUUGCAGCAGCUAGUGAAGAAUGAGAUGGUUGCUGGCAUACGUGUGAAGGGGGAGCCCGAUGAGGUGCUUGGCUGCCCAACGUGCUUGCAAGCCAAGUUCACCCGUUUUCCGUUCCCUAGUUCGGAGGCAACGGCUAAGGCACCACUUGAUGAGGUGGUGAUGGGACGUGGGGGCCCCUUAAACUUGGAGCUGCUGGAGCAGAGUACUUCCUCACCAUUGUGGAUGUCUACACUCGCAUGA